UAUGGAUACAAACACCCCAGACGAAAUUCUUUAAAUUUUCUGCAAAAUUACGAAUUUAGACUGAGUAAUUAGUUUGAAUUAUGGAUAUUUUAAUGAAUAAAUUAAAUAUUUAAAAUUUUCCAUAUUGACCAUUCUAAAAAAAAGAAGUGUGUCUCAGAUAAACACGUCUUAAAAUCUUAUCUGGCGGUGUGAUAGUAGACGAUAAAUAAAUCAUAAUUAAUCUAGUCCACAUUUAGUCAAAUUAAUGUAAUACGAUUAUCUACACGGGUCUGUAAAAAACUUGAUAAUUUAAAAUGGAAGUAUCCAUUCAUAAUAAUGUUGUUACUGGACCUGAAGAAGAAUAUAUUCCUGCUCAUUUGUCUUAUGGGCAGUUUAUGUUUGAUCAGAUUAAAAGGGGGGGAGACAACAUAGCUCUGAUCUCUGGUGAUACAGACGAAUCAGUGACAUAUAGAGAAUUAUUACAAAGUAGUGUAGAUUUGGCAGUAGCCCUACAAAAGUUAGGUCUUAAGAAAAAUGAUGUAGUAGUAGUGAGUAGUGAAAACAGAUUUGAGUUCAUGAUCUCUGCACUGGCUGUGAUGUUUAGUGGUGGCGUUCUCUCUGUGUUCAACAUUACAUACACUCCUGAGGAAAUCAAUCACUUGCUUAAUAUAGUUAAACCAAAGUACAUAUUUGUUUCACCGAUUGGGGCACAAAAUGUAUAUGAGGCAUGUCAAGAGGUGACCUAUGUGGAAAAGCUUAUAAUGUUUGGUGAAUAUGAAAUUGUGCCUUCACUCAUGUAUAAAGACCUGGUUAAGGAACAUAUUGAUGUGGACAGCUUCUCACUAGUGGAUGUAAAUGGGAGAGAAGACACUCUUGCAAUCAUGUGCUCAUCUGGAACUACUGGCCUCCCUAAAGGAGUCAUGCUUACACAUGUAAACAUCCUUACAUCAACAGCUCAUAUGAAGUAUUAUUUUCAUAAUUCAAUGAAGAUGACAAAUCAUGAAAUUAUCUCUGGACUGUCUUUGAUACCAUGGUUCCAUGCCUAUGGCUUUAUCACUACAUGCACAAUUUUGGCUUUACGAAUCAAAUCUGUAUUUCUAACCAGAUUUGAGCCAGAGCAAUAUUUGGAAACUAUUCAGAAAUACAAGAUCAAUAUGACUACAAUAGUUCCACCACUAGCAGUAUUUUUGGCCAAAGACCCCCUUGUCCUCAAGUAUGACUUGUCAUCUCUUAAUGAAGUGUGGUGUGGGGCAGCCCCACUAUCCUCUGAUAUUCAAAAAGCCAUAUCAGGAAGAACAGGCUUAAAAUACAUAAAAAAUGGUUAUGGGCUUACUGAGGUUACAAUGGGUUGCUGUGUGGAUCUUACUGGUGGAGACAAAGUCGGGUCCUGCGGCACACCUGGUCCUGGAAUUAAAAUUAAAGUGAUAGAUUUGGAGACGGGCCAGAAGCUAGGCCCGGGCAAGGAGGGCGAGCUGUACAUCAAAUCGGCCAUGCGCAUGAAGGGCUACCGCGGCGACGCCGCCGCCAGCGCCGCGCUCGUCGACGCCGAGGGCUACGUGCGCACCGGCGACGUCGGCUACUACGACGCCGACGGGUACAUCUACAUCGUCGACCGCCUCAAGGAGCUCAUCAAGUACAACGGGUUCCAGGUGGCGCCGGCGGAGCUGGAGGCGGUGCUGCUGCGUCACGGCGGCGUGGCGGAGUGCGGCGUGGUGGGCGUGCCCGACGCGCGCGCCGGCGAGCUGCCCGCCGCCUUCGUGGUGCGCGCGCCCGGCAGCGCCGUCACAGAGGACGAGCUGAUGCGCCACGUGGCCUCCAAGGUUUCACCCACCAAAUAUUUACGUGGAGGUAUCCGUUUUAUAGAUGAAAUUCCCAAAACCCCAGCAGGGAAAAUUCUUAGGCGAGAAUUGAAGAAAAUGCUUGAUAUACCAAAGAGCAAACUGUAAGUGUUCAAAUAAAUGCCUGAUAGUUUUAAGCAUUUGAUAGCUUAAUUCAUUAUUUAUAAUUAAAAUUAACCAUUCACUGUUGCCAAGAAUAUGCAUUUCUAUUUUAGCAUUUUUUAAUGAUCACGGU